AGGGGUUCUAGGAUAUCUGCGAGACCCUGACGGAGGGGCGACGCCAUAUUUUUCCUAGAGCUGCCGUAUGUAGGGAAGGUUGUGGCAAGGAAACAAAUUAUACACAGAUACGCUUAGCAGUAAAUGGACGUGAUGGCGAGCCCAGUAAAAGACAAUUAUCGAAUGAAGAGUUACAAGAACAAAGCGCUGAACCCCCAGGAGAUGCGCCGUCGCAGAGAGGAAGAGGGCAUUCAGCUUCGUAAGCAGAAGAGGGAGGAGCAGCUUUUCAAGAGGAGGAAUGUUUCGCUACCUGCAGGCGAUGAGUCAAUGCUGGAGUGCCCAAUCCAGGAUCCUGAUGUCAGCUCGACAGUCCCCGUUUCCAGUGAGGGUGUCAUAACGCCCGACAUGGUCCAGAUGAUUUUUUCAGAUGAUCCUGACCAGCAGCUUAUAGCAACACAGAAAUUCAGGAAGUUGCUUUCUAAAGAGCCAAACCCCCCUAUUGAUGAGGUCAUCCUUACGCCUGGGGUAGUCAACAAGUUUGUAGAGUUUCUUAAAAGAAGUGAGAACUGUACUCUGCAGUUUGAAGCAGCCUGGGCUCUCACUAACAUUGCCUCGGGAACCUUCCUGCACACGAAGGUUGUCAUUGAGACUGGAGCUGUGCCCAUCUUCAUUGAGUUGCUCAGCUCAAACAAUGAGGAUGUCCAGGAACAGGCGGUCUGGGCUCUGGGGAACAUAGCUGGGGACAACGCAGAGUGCAGAGACUAUGUGCUGAACUGCGGGAUCCUUCCCUCUCUCCAGCAGCUCCUGACCAAAUCCAGUCGGCUCACAACAACGCGUAAUGCAGUGUGGGCUCUCUCCAACCUGUGCAGGGGUAAGAACCCCCCGCCAGAUUUUGCCAAGGUGUCUCCCUGUUUGAGCAUCCUGUCCCGGCUGCUCUUCAGCAGUGACCCCGACGUCCUGGCAGAUGCUUGCUGGGCACUGUCCUAUUUGUCCGAUGGACCGAAUGACAAAAUCCAAACUGUGAUUGAUUCCGGAGUGUGUCGCCGACUGGUGGAGCUGCUUAUGCACAGUGAUUACAAGGUGGUUUCUCCUGCUCUGCGUGCUGUGGGGAAUAUUGUAACAGGCGAUGAUGUCCAGACUCAGGUGAUCCUGAACUGCUCGGCACUGCCGUGCCUGCUGCACUUACUCAGCAGUCCCAAGGAGUCCAUCAAGAAGGAGGCCUGCUGGACAGUGUCUAACAUCACAGCUGGGAACAGAGCACAAAUCCAGGCUGUGAUUGAUGCCAACAUCUUCCCUGUGCUGAUAGAAAUUCUUCAGAAAGCAGAAUUCCGUACCAGAAAGGAAGCUGCUUGGGCUAUCACUAAUGCUACAUCUGGGGGCACUCCUGAGCAGAUCAGGUACCUGGUGUCGCUGAACACAAUCAAGCCUAUGUGUGACUUGCUGACUGUAAUGGAUUCGAAGAUUGUACAAGUGUCUCUCAACGGGCUGGAGAAUGUCCUUCGUCUUGGAGAACAGGAGGCGAAGCAAAAUGGCACAGGCAUCAAUCCGUAUUGUGCUCUCAUUGAGGAGGCCUAUGGUCUAGACAAGAUUGAGUUCCUACAGAGCCACGAGAAUCAAGAGAUCUACCAAAAGGCUUUUGACUUGAUUGAGCGCUACUUUGGUGUGGAAGAGGAAGAUUCAAACCUGGCUCCACAGGUGGAUCAGAACCAGGGCCAGUUCAUCUUCCAGCAGCCUGAGGGUCCUAUGAAAGGCUUCCAGUUGUAGGCCCUGCCCCUGCACAGUUGGCACUGGGUGUGACCCUGCUAUCUGCAUCACCUGGAGAGAUGCUCUGCAAGGCCGUUGUGGUCAUGUGGGAAACGCCAUUCAGCAUCAGUCUGCUCGGAGCUGCAUUUUUCUGAGUGCACUGUGUGUAUGUGUGUGUGUGUGUGUGUGUGUUUGUAUGGCAUGAAUACAGAGGUGUUUUUCUUCUCCUGUGACACUGGUUUUGAAGACUGACCCUCCACACGUCUUUACAAUGCGAACUACCUCUAUGGUCAGUUGAGUAUAACUACCGGCAAACAAUCAUGCAAAACUGUUCUUUGGGGGGGAUGAUGACGAUAAUGAUCUGAGAAACUGAAUGUAUUCAUGUCAGAAGAACGCCAGCCGAUUAAUGUAUUCUACAUUAGUUACUAUGUAAGGUUGUGCAUUUCAACCAGCCAGCUGUAGAGCUGGGGACUUUACUCUGUAUCUUGCAUUUGCGUUUUGAAUAUAGGAGGUGGGGAUUUCUAGUUGGUUCCUGUGUGACUCUGCUCUGCAUCUCUCAAGUGACACACUGCUGAGACAAGGGACCUGUUUGUCUUCAGCACUAUCUGGAUGUGUGUAGGCGAGUCCCCCGGAAAGCCGACUGACCGGGCGGUUUGCUGCCGAAACCACGCCGCUUUUCCUAUGCUUGUCCUGAUUUGUACGACAGGAGUUUCGAGACUUUGUCCUAGGUGGACUUUCACUGCAGACUGGUUACAUUUGAAAGUACUUUGUGAAGUUGAGUAGGGUUCAAUACUUGCACAUGAGGAUGGGAGUUUAAAGACAGCAUUGUAUAUUUUAUAUAUAUAUAUAUAGUAUAUAUAUAUUGUAUAUUUAAGAAACAAGGAUGUGAAAGGUAUGUAAACAGCAUUAUAUGUUAGAAUGUAUCCCGCAACAGUUGCGGAGCUCUUGGCUGCAUGGCUGGGAGGGGGUACAAUACUGUGAGAGUCCUGUUCCACUCCGUAACUGGCUGCCAAAGCAGUCGUCUUUCUCUCUGUGACCGCUUUCCGUCAUGGCUACCUGGAAUAAAGCAGUUUUCUGUUCUCUUGACCCCCAUUUUUUUGCCAUUUGUCAGCAUAAAGUUUAAUUGCCACAGGUGUCUGAAAUGGCAUUCAAUUAUUUGGCUUUUAAUUCCAUUUCUUAAACUAGUAACUUUUUGCAAAUUCUCUUGUACAGGUGUGUUGUCUUGAAUUCAUUGCGAGGAACUUUAUAAAACAUGCAAAUAACUGGUAAAACAACUUGGCACAUUUAGUUGUGUGUGUAUAUAAUUUUAUUUCUUUUUAAAUAUAUAUCUUUCUAUGAUGCUGGUUGGUCCUCCCAUCAGAAAGUGAAACUAGGUUUAUUAAGGGCUGUUGGAUGGAUGUGAAGGUCCAGCACGUGAGAGAUGGAGCACACCUGAGCAGUGAUUGCUGGCGUUGGUAGUGCUCCGUUAAGUACGGUUGUCAAACUUGUGUGUACCUACUUGACAGGAAGACACACACCUGCUGGUGGUGGUACUGAAGAAUGUAGAAUUGGAAUAUCAUUGACAGUUCUGUUACAAAUAUCGUAGAGGCUCUGCUUAUGGUACAAGUGAGCAGCUUCCAGAGGAAAUUCUAGGAAGGUUCUCCAUACUGUACCCAGCAAUGUGUGAAAAUAAACAAAAUUCACAAGUGACACUGGUUGUGGGUAAACUUUAUUAAUUGAAAAAUGUGGAGACUCUCAGAUUUUUAAACGAGGCCUGUGGUCUCCAUGCUCACUAAAGCCUGGCAAACAGACAGCAUUUUCACAGCAUUUUAGUGGGAUAUUCAGUAACCAUGUGGAGAUCUAAUCAUGUACCCAGUAUAAUAUGUUUUAAAAAGUGUUAUGUUUAAUGUUUGGGUUGGCGAUAUUCCUUUCAUUUCUAUAGUGUUAGAAAUUUUAGUAUCUAAUGAUACAUGAAUCAAUACUUAACUACAGGUUUUUGAAGAACAACAGUUUGGUUCCUUAAUGCUUAUUUAAUUAGUGUAACUUUUUUCUCUUUCAGUUAUUGUGCAGUGCCGUGUUCUGUAUUUACCAUUUAAAAUGUGGGAUUGUACCACAGUGGUCCCUCAAGUAGUUUAUUUUUUAAGAAAGAACUGCAUUGUUGUCUGCAGUGUCAGUUUUUAUUCAUUGUGGAACAGUCCUCCAAUGCUCCAUAUGUAGAAUUCUCCUGUUGAUUUUUUUAAAGGUAGAGGUUAAUUGCUUGAAAUUAGGAAGUGAUUCAUACUAAUAGCUUGCUUAAUUUAAUUAAAAUUAAUUUUCUGUGGCAGCUGCAGAGGUUUUCAGUAAUUUCACAGGAUUUUUUGUGUAACAAGUAUGGAAAAAUUCACUUUGUGCCUCUCUGCCAGUCUUCCGAAGAGGCGGAAAAUAAAUAACUGUGAAUAUAUUUACUAAUCAGAAAAUCUGCUUUUCCUUCAGUGUUUUCUGAGCUAUAGCCUAAUAAUUUACAAGACAUAGUUUAAGCUUUUCUCAUUCACAACUGUUUGCAGAAAUGCCCUCGUGUCUUGGUGUCACUUAAUGUCCAACCCAGUACAAGGUGACAUUUAUUAGGUUUUACAAUGAACAGUCAUUCUAUUAUUUAUUCUUAUUUGAAAGUACCACAAAAUUCCUGGAGGCAUGGUGUACGUCAGCCAACCCAUAAACCUGCUAAGCUGU